AUGGGUGAGGAAGGUGCCCUCAACAGAUCAUCCAGACAUGCUGACACCCAAAACAAGUGUGGCAAGUGUCAACAGACCUUCCACGAUGAUAAGAGCUACCUGAAGCACUUUAAGGAGGACGAGCCACGGUGUGCAGGGGGAGGGAGGCGGUGUGCGGCACACCUGUUUGUGUGUAACAAGUCGCUGAGCUCUAAGACAGCGUUGACGCUACACGAGAGAACACACACAGGAGACAAGCCCUACUCCUGCACUGACUGUGAAGCCAAGUUUUCCCAGAGCUCAGCUCUCAAGAUACACCACAGGACUCACACAGGAGAGAAGCCUUUCGCCUGUGACCAGUGUGAUGCAAGGUUCAGCCAGAACCACAUGUUGUGUUAUCACAAGAGGGUCCACACAGGAGAGAAGCCUUUUAUGUGUGAGAGCUGUGGGAAAAGCUUUGCCUCUAAAGAAUACCUGAAACACCACUCCAGAAUCCACACGGGCUCCAGGCCUUACAAGUGUGAACUCUGUGGUCGGGCCUUCGCCCAGAGUGCUUCCAUUCAUAGUAACUUAUUACUGCUGACCUUUAACCCCUGUCUGACCUCUGUAUGUUCUGUCUCAGGUGAGCGUCCGUACCACUGUACAGAUUGUGAUAAGCAGUUCACCCCGCUGAAUGCCCUCCAGAGGCACCAGAGGAUUCAAACAGGGAAGAAGCCUUACAUGUGUCCUUCAGAAGCCUUCACGGACAAGUCCACU